AUGUCAAAACUAGUCAAUAAUAAUAUUGAUGUCAAUUAUAAUAAGGAAUAUUCCUUAGUUUUGGCAAAUAAUUUAACACCAAAAGUAAAUAAUCAAACUGGUAAACUUUCGGUGUCUGAAAUACAAAGCAAUACAAACAACAACUGUAACAAAACACUUGAUGACAUCAAAACGCUAAUUAUAAGAAUUAAUAUUGAUUUGAGUUCUAAAAUUAAUCAUAUAUUGUUUGAUACGGUUAUUGUUUCGGAGAAAUUAGCAAAAAACAAGAUUCUUAAGACUAUUAAUGAAAUCAUAUCCAACGGACACAAAGAAUUGGCUAAAAUUCAGUCAAUCACUGAAAAUACUUUGUUUGCUAAACAAUUUGAUCCAAAGUGUAAGCAAAUGAUACUUAAAGACAUGACAACAGCUGUUGAUAUGUUACGAAAAGAGACAAAUGAUUUACUGAAACAGUCAUUUGAGUAUUUGGCUAACACUGGCACCGGUAGAGUAGUUGAUGAAACCAUUAAUACUACAACUGAUUCCAUCAACGGUUGGUUUCAUUGGAUCAAAAUUAAAGGUCAUAUAAAUGCCGAAAUUUUUGGUCGAGAAUUCAAUUUUACCACACAUUGAAAGUGUAUUGAAAUUAACCUACAAUUGACUUAACAAAUAUAUUUUGACCAAAUUUUUUAUAAAACGAUUGUCUUAUUUUUAAAAAUUUCUUUA